AUGGCGGCGGGAAACGGUUUCCGCGGCAACAGUUUCCACGGCAACGGUUUCCGCGGCGACGGUUUCCACACCGACGGUUUCCACGCUGACGGUUUCCACGCCGACGCUUUCCCCCGCAGCGGUUUCCAGGGGCACAGGACGGUUUCCUCGGAGACGGUUACUGUGGCGACGCCUGGCUCCGCGGCGACGCGAGGCCGCAGCAAGGCAAGGCGAGCACGGGGUUCGGACCGGGCUGGGGGGCGGCCGGGCGCCGGAGUGGCGGGGCCGCAGGCCGGCGGUGGCUGGUGGGGGGGCCGGCCCGGCGGCCUGGGGGUCGCGGGGGGCCGGUUCAAUGGGCCGGGGCCCCAGGUGAGCGUGGCCCACGUGGUGCCCGUGGGGCCGGCGGGGCUGAUGGGCCCGCCGCCGCAGGAGGGCGCUGCUGCGCACCACCCCCCCCAUCACCACACCCCCCAUCACCACCACCCCCCCCAUCACCACCACCAUCACCACCACCACCCCCAUCACCACCACCACCCCCAUCACCACCACCACCCCCAUCACCACCACCACCAUCACCACCACCACCCCCAUCACCACCACCACCCCCAUCACCACCACCACCCCCCAUCACCACCACCACCCCAUCACCACCACCACCCCCAUCACCACCACCACCCCCAUCACCACCACCACCCCCAUCACCACCACCACCCCCAUCACCACCACAACCCCCAUCACCACCACCCAACACCCCAUCACCACCACCACCCCCAUCACCACCACCACCAUCACCACCACCCCCAUCACCACCACCACCCCCAUCACCACCACCACCAUCACCACCACCACCCCCAUCACCACCACCACCCCCAUCACCACCACCACCCCCAUCACCACCACCCCCCCCAUCACCACCACCACCCCCAUCACCACCACCACCCCCAUCACCAC